GUUUCACCGGGAUAUAUAUAGCUCUCAUGAGUAUUCGCGCAGUCUUAACGUAAUUAUUUUUUAAUGUCAUCUUACUACGAUAACGACUUGGUUGGCUAUUACAACGAAAGUGGUGUUUUUAAACCAUGGAUGAAUUCAGAUUACCGUUAUUCGUAUAGGGAUUCAAGACAAAUUGAUGAUGAUUUACGCUACGGUAAACGGAUUUAUAUUUACAGAGACUACACAACUACUCCUAGUUACUAUCGAAGAACGUAUUCACCAAGUUAUAAUUAUGUGUCUCCUCUACGUCGGUUUCGAUCAUAUAGUAGUCUGUCAGACCAUGGGAUGAACUCGCUUUAUGGCUAUUCAUAUUCACGUCCAGCUUCUCAGCUUCAAAGAGUAGAUAUAUAUGACGAUACUCGGUAUAGCAGAUAUUAUUAUUAGAGAACGUUUAUCUUUCGGCAGGAUUACACCUUUUCUUUUGAGUGUUUAUUAAUUUUGGUGGAUGAAAUCACGUGUUCUUUCUGAUUUUUCUACAAAGUGAGUUAUUUCGCUCUCAUCGAAAUAUAUAUUAAUGGAUUAACGUACAGAAUAAAAUGAACGUGACAUUUUUGUUGCCAUGUGAUUUAUUUCAUGUAACGUAGAUUUGUUUUUGUGAAAUAUAAAUUGUUAUUUUCAC